GGCGUCUGAACGUGGGGGUGUCCUAUAAUUUCUGGCGCGAACGCAGGUGAUUGGCUGGUAUUUGUGUAGAAGAGGGCGGUUGAAGGGCCGCGUGGGGUUACCUUGGCGCUGUGAUUGGUUGAGAUUCCUCUGAUGAAGGCCGCAGACAUGCCGGAAGGUCCCACAGUCAGACGUUUCUACUCUAUCGUUUCCCCAUUUGUGAGUCAAUAUGUGGUAAAGGUUGGAGGGAGCACAAAGCAGAUUUCUCUUCAUGACCUGAAGGGAAAGUCUUUUAAUUCCUGCCAGGUUCAUGGUAAGAAUUUGUACUUGGAAUUUACCAUUUCUGACACAAAGGCAGUAGGAAAUGCAUCUUCCGGCAUAGAUAAUGCUAAAGAAUACACUGAAACACGGGAAAUUCAGAGUUCUGUAAUUCAAGCAACCUCUAAAGAACAAUCCGGGAGUUCACAAGAUGUUGGUUCCGCAGAGAGUCAUAUGAGCAGAUGGCUACGGUUCCAUUUUGGGCUGUAUGGCAGCGUCAGAUCAAAUGAGUUUGCCCGGGCUAAACAAGCAAACAAGAGAGGGGACUGGAGAGACCCAACACCAAGGCUUAUUCUGAACUUUGAAGCUGGAGGCUUCUUGGUGUUCUACAACUGUCGUAUGGCAUGGUGUUCUUCUCCAGCCUCAGAACCCUCCUGUGAUGUGCUGUCUCCAGAGUUUGAUACAGAACGAGCUGUUCGGGCUUUAUCUUCUUCUCGACCUGUCUGUUUUUCCUUGAUGGACCAGAAGUGCUUCUCUGGAGUAGGCAACAUCAUUAAGAACGAGAUACUGUUUCUAGCACAAAUCCAUCCACUUUCCCUUGGCUCCGCCCUGCCUAUAGAGAAGCUUCACUCUCUGGUACACCAUGCCUUGCACUUCACUUCUGCCUGGCUCUCUAGCAAGAUGAAGAAUGAAGGCCUGCACUACCAUAUAUACAUGAAGGAAUAUUGUGAUAAAGGGCAUAAGGUCAUCAAAGAAAAACUGGGACCUGACUAUGGAUUAAAAAGACUCACCUGGUUUUGUCCUAACUGUCAACCACAAGUAAAGUGCUACCAAACUCUUCCAGUCAGUAUUUUGUAGACUGGUAACAGAUUUAUCAAAGGUUGAAGUAUAAAUUCAAAUUUAAAAAAUUCAAAUUUGAGCUAAUUUUUGUGUUCUUCGAGUAGGGAAUAGUCCAAAUUUGAUUUGAAUGUGAA